GUUGGGGUGAGCGCGGAUUUUCGACUGGCCUGGCUCCAUCGCCAUUUUGGAUUACGAGAUGUAAAUACUGUGGUUAAAGUGACAUUUCGUAGUACAUACGUGAGAUCGAUCCAUGAUUUUCCGGAGAAAGAGAGGUGAUGGUCCAAUCCCACAUUCGCACUUGAUUUACAAUGUCCAGACAUGGUUUUUUUUGGACGCCGACAACUGCAACACAGUUACGACAGUGACACAGAUUCGGAUGAUACAGAUCAUGUAGACCAUGAUUAUAAUCUACCCAAAGUUCGAGGGAAAAAGUUCAUCAAUAAAGGUCGCUGGACCAAAGAAGAGGAUGAUAAAUUGAGAAGAAUCUUAGAAGCAAAUCCUAACUCAGACUGGAAGAUGAUUUCCCAAUACUAUUCAGACAGGUCUGAUAUACAGUGCCAGACUAGAUGGCAGAAGGUCCUCAACCCUGAGCUCAUCAAGGGACCUUGGACAAAAGAGGAGGAUGAUAAAGUUCUGCAACUGGUGCAGAAGUUUGGACCAAAGAGGUGGACCCUCAUAUCCAAACACCUGAAAGGACGCACUGGCAAACAGUGUAGAGAAAGAUGGCACAACCAUCUGAACCCAGAGAUAAAGAAGACAGCCUGGACUGAAGAAGAGGACAGACUGAUCUACACAUUACAUAAGAAGAUGGGCAACCGCUGGGCGGAGAUUGCAAAGUACCUUCCUGGAAGGACUGACAAUGCCAUAAAAAAUCAUUGGAAUUCCACAAUGAGGCGGAAAUAUGAAAAUGAAGAAAUAGAAUCCAAGAAACAAAGAAAUGCUGGUGCAUAUCCAUUUAAUGCUGCAUACACUCCAAGUCAACCAAAUAGUAUGCAGGGUUUACAGCCAGUGAGGCUCUUCCAGAAUGAAUACCAUGCAGAGGGUUCACAAAUGAGCAGCCAUACUCAAAGCCAGCAACAGCAGCAGAUGCAUGGGGAGAAAACAACAAAAGUCGCAGGCGGCUUUAGCUAUGACAACACUAUGCAGCAACAUACCCCACAGGCCCAGCAGUAUCAGAACUACAAUGAUCAACAGACCAAGACUUCAGAUAGCAUGUCCCCUGGUGUACAGAAAUGGCUACAGAUGGACACUGAUGGGUUACUCUCUCCUUUGAAGUGUAUACCAGACCUGUAUAAUCAGAUACAGCAGGAAACAGAUAUGACGACAUUCCAGUUACUGACUGGCAGUAAAUCUAUGACCCCCAUCAAGUUUAGUAGCCUGAAGCAGGGCUCAGUAGGUUAUCGUUUUGAUGGUCACGCCAUAUCUUCUCUAAAAGAUGAAUCUGGUGGUUGUCUCAUCAGCAUCACAUCUCCUUUGGUAUCAAAACUCACAACCCCACCAACAAUCUUACGUCGUGGGAAGCGUCGGCGGAAUUCUGAAUCUGGCAACAAGUCUGACCUUGAGACGCCAAGUAAUGGAAAAGAAAUGCCUGUUAUGGUGGGCACUAUUAAAGAAGAAAUUGAGGAUGUGAAACCAAUCCCAGAAAUUAAAUCUGAACAAGAUUUUGACAGAGUUGAUGGAACUAUUGGAGAACUGCCUAAAACCCCAAAAGGAACUCCAAUCAAAGGACUGCCAUUUUCACCAUCACAGUUCCUGAACAGUCCAGGUAUACCACUUGGAGAUGGGACUCUGACCUCUACUCCUGUGUGUCAGCCGAGACAAGCUAUCACCCCACAACCUGUCAAACAGGAACCACAAGCUAGCACGCAAGUAACUGACAGUGAUGGAAAACCAUUUGUGACCCCAAAGACAAUAAGGCGUUCACUGUUGGAACUGACUCCCAGGACACCAACCCCCUUCAAGAAUGCCAUGGCAGAACUGGAAAAGAAAAAUGGUGCAUUGAAACCAGUAUCAGCAAACCUAGAUGACCUUGACGCUGUUAUAGAAGAAGAUAUGGCACCUAAUGUUGAAAGCCUCUUCCAAAGUUCUACCGACAGACAAGAAAUUGGCACUUUGAAAAGAAAAAUUUUCAAUAAAGAGAAUUCCCCAAUGAAAAAGGCGCGUAAGUCCCUAGAUAACAAAUGGUCCACCCCUGGUGAGGUGCACUUUGGACAGGCACAAAUAACUCAGCUCACACAUAAUGGACUGAUUCUGAUGCCUGAGACUCCUAGUAAAUCCUUGAUCGGAGAUUCCAGUUUGGUAUUUUCUCCACCAUCCAUUCUCAAAGAUACACUUCAUGAUACCCAAGAUUUGAAUGACGCCUUUGCUUUUCCUAGUUCCCCGCGGUCUAAAGUAAAGUCUAAGGUUACAAAACACCCUGUAAGGCAUCAUGUACGUUUUGAGGAAACACCCAGUAAAACAUUCAAGCUUGGUUGGCAGACAGUCGCAUGUGGGAAGACACAGGAUCAGUUGGAGCUCACGGAGAAAGCCAGACAACUUUACUGCAACAUCAAGCCCAGAUCACUUAAACUUUAAAAACUUGAUCCUGUGAUAUGUGUUAAAACAGCAUUGAACCCUCAGAGUUGCCAUAUAGUGUUCGUGUAUAUCUGAGUCAAAUUGAAUAAAAAGGAGAAACAUAGAACUGACUAUAAGAAAUGAAAUUGCCAGAUUAUACGAUGUGUAAGAUUACUGAGUUUCGUGGAAUUCUUAGUUGGGACAUGGCACAUUUGAACAUAAACAAUGCCAUAUAAUACAGAUAUGUUGACGUUUAAAUAAGAUUGGCUGGCAGAUUCUUCAAAAUUAAGUCGGAACAGAAACACAGAUAUAUAAUUUUCAUACAUAAAUGCCUUGAAUUUUUCUCCACCAUUAAUAUAUAAUAUCAACACAUCAUGUCCUACAAUGUACCAGUGUCUCGGUAGAUAGAAAUGUAAAAUAAUUCUCAGGGGUAUUCUGUUGAACAAACUGAUUGAAUUUUGCCAUUGCAUGUGGUAAUACCGGUGACCAAACACAAUUCUAUACUCAUAUCAAAACUAAUACACAUUGAUAGUUUUAGAUUAUCCUGGAAAGUACUGGGUAUUCCAGAUAUACUUUCAAAACGGUUAUUUUGGGAUGUCCAUAUUUAUAUAUAAAUCUGUAUUCCGCUUUGGCAUUGAACAAAUGUGAAAUUGCAUGGUGUGGUAUUUUAAGAAUGAAGUGGUUAAAACACAUAUAACAUAUCAAUCUUAACCCUUGUAUGUCUGAGUGUUCGCAUAUAUCAGCUUUGCAUGCCAUUUUACUUUGUAAAUAGGAGUUAAAGAGUUAAUCAUCUCUAUUAUUACUGAAUAUUUAUUGCAUGUAUUCUAUGUUAUCAUAGACUGUUGUUGAUGAUUUUUUUUAAUUACACUGUAAUCUAUUUGUUUACCAUUGUAAUGUUGUCUUCAUGGCAUCUGCAUUAUGUUUUACCUUUCAUUGGUAUACAUAUGUUUCAAAAUCUGUACGCACAAUCUUCUAAUCUUCUAUGUCACUAUUAGUCUGUAUUUCAGUGUUUCAGGUUUCUGAUAAUUUUCUCAUACAUUUUUUGGUCACAAUCAGUUAGCUUUGGCUAUGUGCCUGCUGGGUACCUAUGUUAAACUCAAACAUAUGUUGUGACAGUCAAACAAAUGGUGUGAAAAACUAAAGGUGUGAUAUAAGCUCUGGCCCGUAGAUUAGGAGCCAUUUAGCUUAUAUCUAAAAUCCUUAUGACAAACAUAUUGAAACAUUAACACUAAGUCAGGCCAGGGAGAUGUAAAUGUCCCAUGUAUCAGUGUAUACCAUGUAAAUGUGUUCAGCUGUAUAUAAACUAUUGUAAAUAAUAAUCAAACCCUGCAAUACACAUGGCUGGAAGUAAUUUAGUGCUGCACUAUACAGAAAUGCUCUUCUCCGAAAGUAACAUUUCUGAUUUUUCACAUACUGUCUGUAAGUAAUAUUGAAGCUUGAAAAUGGAUUGAAUUUCAGAAAAAAAAUUAUUUCAUUUUGUGGAAUUUCAAGAGAAAAAAUUAAUGUUCUGCACUAAAUUUCAUCUACCAUUUUUGUAGUUUCAAGAGAAAGAGAAUGCUUUUCCAAACUUUGUAUAUCGGCAUGAUAUAAGAAAUUAUAAAAGCUCCUCCAACUCGGCGCCAAUAUUGUGACUGUUUAUAUUGUUAUUAUUGUGUAGUGUACCCUCCAGCCAUUUUCCUUACCAUGUAGCAGUAGAUGUAGACAAGAGGUAAUUCAAUCCCAUGGUGCUUCAGUAUUCUGAAUGCAAUGGCCUCAUUGGUCAAGUUUGAGAUUGAGUCACCUCUUGCAUUAGACUAUGUUGUGUCUAGAAUGCUUAGAAGCGAUGCUUGGUGUGACGUUUUCCAUUUCAAAAUGUCUAAGAACAUUUUUAGAGUUCUAUUUCACAUGCUGUACUCUAGCGUGUCACUUAUGUGAGCUUGAUAAGCCAUAUCCAUUUAAUGUAUGGGUGGGAGUACAGGAUAUGGUGUCAUGUAUCAAACCACACAAUACCACCUGCCCAAUUAACAUUGAAAUAUACUCUGGGGACUAAGAGAAAAUAUUCACGUCAAGUGUUUGCUUCGAAAUUAAUGCUUAGAAACUGGAAUUUUAAUGUGACGUUAUUGUUGUACGUGUAAUUUUUAUCAUUGUGGGUUACUGAAAAUGAGUAAUGUUUACACCUUCAUAAGUUACUGAUAUGGCAAUUUGUCUUUAUUUGGUGUCUCUCCAAGAGUGAUAUUGAUUACAUGUACAAUGAUGGUGUAUUUUACAAAUUUGGAUGUAGAUUUUUGGAAAUCCAGAUUGGGAGAACUUAAGUUUUAAUCCUGUCAUAUGUCAUGUUUGUUAAUUCUAAUUAUUCAUUUUGAACUGGUAGGUCAGUCAAAUGAUUUAAUUGUAUGUUUCAGUAGCAAUGUUUAAAUGUUAAUUACAGUGUAAAACAAUAUGUUGAUUCUGUCAAAGCAUGAAUGUUAUGUACAUAUAUCAUUUAAUGUCCAAAAAUUUGAGAUUAGUAAUGCAAAUACCAUUCAUCUAAAGGUUUAGAGUAAUCGACAUCAAAACAAGUAUGACGUUGUUCUUAAUAUGAUUCGGAUGACAUACAUAAGGUUUGAGAAAAUGAAUCCUUUUUCACUUUAUGAUGUGAAAUUAGACCUUACCCGUAUAAUAUCUUCUGCCAGUCUAGUCCCUAAUUAAUAUGAAUAGGACAUGACGUAACAAAUAUAGUGUGGCUUGCAGUGUAACAGAUUUUCUCUAUAAUGAACUGUUGAUGCUAAAUUGGACAUGUUUACCAAUUGUAAAUUGUUGAAUCGUCAAAAACAGUUCAACCUGAAAACCCUUUUAACCAAUCUUUGUUUUGCAGUGUUGACUUUCUGAUCAUACUUGAUUUUAUGGAUACAUGUAUAUAAUAUCUUAUUGUUGAUAAAUUGGUAUGCUUGAGUGUCAACAUUGCAAAAAGUUGUAAUUUUACUAUGUUUAGUACUACUACAAUGGAAGCCAUGGUAUAUUUGUGAAAUGUGUCCAUAUAUGGAAGAAUGCAGAAAUAACCAAUUUCAAGAUUACUAUGUAUAGGAAUAUUAUAAAUUAUAUUUAUAAAUCAAUAAAAAAAGUCAUUUAGCAAUUUAGUGAUUAUUAGUAGUAGUAUAAUUUGUACAUAGUUUCCAUUUAUGUAUCAUAUUUUAAGUUUCCUAAUUAGACAAAAAAGCUUGUUUUGAAUUAUGUAGAUGUAGAACAUAUAGAUGGGUGAUAUAUACAAUAUUUAUUAAAAAAUGAUUCGAACAUUUGAUGAAACAUUUCAUGUUUGAUAGUUCCAGAAUUCCUGUGUUCCACAGCUACAUUAUUCAAAACAGGCGAAUUAAAAUCAAUUAAAAAUUAUAAAUGAGUGUGACUUUGUUUUAAUGUGUACUAUGUAAUUUUUCACAUGAAGUAAUAAAUAAAUAUUUUGUCUGCUUAUAAAUCAUAAGAA